GAAACAUCCACAUCACUGUUAAAUCAUAGGCACGAAUGCCGUAGCAUAAACGUAAAGUGCUGUCCUUGCCGUAAAGUAGUGGCAACAGAUCUUAACAAACAACAGAACCAACUGCACGGAAUCAAAGACGAAACACAUUCAUAACUGAGACAUCGGCAUUUUCUGAGGCAAUGGCAGCAUCUUCCUCGUCCUCCUCUGCGGGAGGGGUCAGCGGCAGCUCGGUGACCGGUUCUGGGUUCAGUGCUUCAGAGCUCAUCCCUCCAAGGAAAGUCCUGUACACAUAUCCUAAAGGUGCAGGGGAAAUGAUGGAAGAUGGCACUGACAGAUUUUUAUGCGAGUCUGUAUUCAGCUACCAAGUCGCCUCCACACUUAAACAGGUCAAACGUGAUCAACAAAUGUCUCGACUGGAGAAACUUGCGAGCUUGGUGGAGGAGCUGGAAGCAGAUGAGUGGCGGUACAAACCAAUUGAACAGCUAUUGGGAUUCACGCCGUCUUAAAUAAAGAGACCCAGAUGCCUUGAUUAAUAAAUAAGCCAAAUAAAAAGAGAUGGUUUAUUUCAGUUCAUAAAUUAUAUUCAUUCUUAAUGAUUUAUUUCAUAUUAUAACUGUGGAAUAUUAUCUGGAGAUACUAAAUGUGAGUUUUAUUAUUUAACUUUACCUAUUGUAUGAGUGUUUUUGUUUUUUUAAACAACCUGUUAUAUUUUACCCAUACUAUAAGAAACCACUGUUAUUAAAAAAAAUCUCCUUAUUACUGACAAACAAAACAAAAAAAGUUUUUUAGGCUAAUAAAGUUGUUUUGUCAAUCCAAUUUGCUUUCAGCAUCGGUGUUACAAGAGUUAUUAUUUUUCCCUUGAAGUGAGGCAUUGUGUUUCCACAUGGCUGCACUGUAGCUCAUAAAUCUAAAACCUGCUGCUCGCUCCAACAACACUUGGAGCAAAAACAAAGAGGGCUUGUAAAUAAAGUCAUACUUGGAUAUU